AUGUCUUUCCUUCAUGGUGUUCUUGAGAGUGUGAAGGAUGAUGAGAACGUUACAACUUAUGAUAAAAAUAAUGAUCCUAAUAUUGAUAAAGUUAUUAGUGAUUUACAUGAUAGUGUAGGUAAAGGCCGUGAGGCCUUCGGUGGAGCCGUGUCCAAGGUAAGUGAGUGGUUGAACAGACAUGGUGAGCAGGUGGAGGAGAAAAUCAAGAAGGUAACGGGGCCACUUAGCGUACUUAAGAAUGACAUAGAAACACAUAAAGAUAAUAUUGAUGCUGACAGUGUUCAUGAUCUUACAUACUUAGUUAGGCAGUGGACCAAUCGUGCCAAUGGGUACAUUGGCAAAGUGACAGAGGCUCAAAUAGCAUUGAAGAACGUCGAUCCCUUACUAUCAGGUAAGUUGAAAUGUAGUGUCUCAUCGGUGUUGCAGGCAACGGAGAAUUUUCUGUGGUCGGCAAGAAAUGAUGAUUUACAGGUGCUUCACGCGGUGGCGUACGACAAGAUUAUGAAGGUGCUCGAUGAGGUGAGAAGAGAAUUCGACAAGAGUAAAUCGAAGUUGCGGAAUUAUUUGAACGAACACAUUGCAGGUUUGAAUAAAAAACUUACAGAUUUGCGUGAUGGUAAAUUUACUUCGUUAGUUGGCGCUGUCAAGUAUGAUCUUCAACAGGCUUUUGAGUCGGUGAAUAAGGGGAUUGAGGCGCUCGAGAAAAAUUAUAAGGGUAAAAUUGUGGAGGGAUUGGCCCCGAUUGUACGGGACGCACAAGCGCUUAAAGCGGAGGUGAUCGCUGAGAAAAAGAAAUUAAACGGACAAGUAAGUGACUUGGAGCAGCGGAUUGUGGAGAUUAAGGAAGCAGACGUGGAGCUGAAGAAAGCUCUUCAAAAAUCAGAGCUGGAUACGUUUGAACAGCAGGGCUCAGAUGACGCAUGGAAUUUAAAAAUUCAGGUCACUGGGCUGAAAACGCAAAUUCAAAAUAACGUUAAGGGAUAUGUUACAAAUGGAUUAGGAGACAAAAUUAGGAAGGAGCUGGAAAAGCUUACUGAUCAAAUUGCUAGACAGGAUCUUGCAUCCGGAAAUCCAGGCCAUCUGGAGAAUAUUGAUUCCGGUGUUAAGGAUUAUGCUAAGACGUUUGAGGCUACCUUCCAGGGCGCCGUAUAUGACAUGGUUGAUAUGAUUGUCAACAGCGGUGUGGCAGACGAUUUCAUCGAUUGCUACGUUGCGGAUAAUCAGGGUAAUUUCAAUGGCGGCGGUAUGGACGAUGAAACUAAGAAACGUAACGCUGUUAAAGAGGCGAUUAGAGCUAAACUCCCAGAUGUUAUUCAGCAGGCAAUCCCGGAAGCCAUUGACAUGGCCAAAUUUUAUGUUGAUUUAGAGUUGAGUAGUUUGGGAAAGAAAUUUGGAACAUUCGCAAGUGAACUUAAUAAAAUAAUCAAGACUAGGCAAAGACACUCCGACACGAUUGUGUCCCAGGUUAAGUCAGAUUCACCUUUUAGUAGUACGUCCGAAGAUCGAUAUCUCACAUCUGCCGUCACAAUUGUCCUUAAAUCUCUCACGGCCAUCGUUUCGAAAACGGCGGAGGAAAUUAAAUCGUUAAUCGAUAAGUCAAAAAUUGGAACAUUGACUAAUGCUAUAGAAGCUGUUAAGGUGCUUGGAAAUCAGUUAAAACAGGCGGUAGAAGCUAAUACUGGCCAAAACCUUGGUAAACAAAUUCAAGAUGAAGUCGGCAAUAAGGCCGUUGAGGUAAACGAACAAGUCACUAAGCUCCUGAAAUCCACAGCUGAGAAAGCAUUCAUUAAACUGCAGACUAAAGUCACUCACAUAGUCACUAGUAAUCUAACGCCUAUUAAAGAGGCCCUUACAGAGCUUCAAACUAGAAUGGGAGACACAGACGUUGAAACAGGCGCAAAGAAUGGCAAGUCCCCUCUUGAGAAGAUAGCCAAAGCACUCGAAAACCAGAUCCAACUUUUUUUGACAAAUAACGUUGGACAAACUAGAGAUAUUCCGAAAACGGUCUAUAACGAUUUGAAAACACUCCAAACUAAUAUUGAGAACCUCGGCGUCCAGGUGACCGCCGUUACGAACAAUGUUGUCGAAGUUGAAACCGAGCUCAACGGCUGCAUAAAGAAAGCAACGAGGCUUUUAAAUUUCGCGCCCAAGAUAGCGGAUACAAUAAUGAAUGAAUUGCAAAAUAAUGCCAAUUCACGAAUCACUGAGGGCUUCACUGACGUUCAAAAAGAAGCUGAAAGACGCUACACUAACACUAAAAGGACAGAAAUCCAGGCCCUCCAAACCAUCGUCUCCACUCAGCUCGAUGAAAUCGAAAACAUCAUAACCUUAGACAGCAUGACAGGCAUAAAGGGAUUGAUGAAUCUUAUGGAGACGCAGCAUGAGAUGAUUUUUGAUAUUCUCAUUAAAUAUGAAUUUAAAGACGCAGCAGAGAGAGUAAGAAAUUACUUCAAUAAAAUCCUUCUCUAUACCUCCUCCCAGUCCCACUCCCCCCAUGUCGACCGCCUCAAACAGCAACUGGACACUCUACUCACUAACCUAAAAAACUCUCACAGAGAUAAACAAUAUCACUUUGACCACACGUUUACUGCUGACCUAGCUGCACUUAACGAUGCGCUAUCACUGCUAACCCCGCAAAAGUUCCACGGCCACAAACACCCUGAGCUGCUCGACGCGCUAGCCUCUGGAGCGAAGCGACUGGCGGACGAGCUGGGCAAACAGUACGUGAACAGGUAUAGCGGACUGAAGUGGAGUGAGCAGGCAGACGCCGAUAAGGACAAGUGCGCUAAGGUGUUGCUCACGUUGCUCACCACUCUGGACACUUCCUUAGGCACACUAAGAAAAUACUCUAACAGCUCAUGGAAACCUGACAACAUAAAUAAAGAAACGUCAUUCGGCCAGUUCUUCUCCGACAACGGCUUCAAAGUGUCUGAAAAAGACAAGAAGCAGUGGGAGUUGCAAGACGACAAGAAAAAGAUGACGGGUGAGAAUGUUUACAGGAACCUCGAUAAAACAGUACAACAAGACAGUGCACAUCUUCAAUGGUGUGAACCAGACAAGCACAAAAAAGCCUAUAACUUUAAUCUCAUGGACAUCAUGACGUGCCUUGCUGGCCACCUUAACCAAUAUAAUCAAGUUUACCACAUAGCUACAUUCGCCUCCAAAAGGCAUCCAUGUUCUGUAUAUGAUAUGCUAGUGUGGUUCGAUGGCCUCCCUCACAACCGUGUGUAUGGUCCACUUCUUCAGCACGUUAGAACCUACUUCCCUAAACCUAAGGGCAAGGAAAAGGAAGAUGAUUACACCAUGUUUAGUGACAACGAACUCAUACUAGAAGCGCAUCCCGACACAUUCACCGCCAAAAAUGUGCUAUCUGCUCUCCAACGUAUUCCGUCUCGAUCACAUAAUCUUCUCACCACAAUCGUUGGCACCGGUGAUGCCCAGACCGUAUUUGCGUCUGACUUCGGCAACAAUUCUCUUAAUUUGCACUACCCUUCUAAUGCUGCUGCGUGCUUCGAUAUGUUUAUGGACAUGUUGCGUAGAGUAUUCCAUGUAUUAAAAUUCGUUCAUAAGCAAUGUAAGCUUAGUACUAAACACUACGGUUGGUCCGGCUGCAGCUACGGCCGGGACGUGCCUACGACAAAAUCGCAGUGUAACAAGCAAUCAAGCGAGAAUGCAAAGUGCCAACCAAAUAGUAAACCAACGUGCCAAGCAAAGUGCCAGGCAACCUGUGAACCUACGUGCCAACCUACGUCACCACUAAUGAGUUAUCUUAAUGAUUGUCUUCCCGGUCACUUACCGCAUCAACUUAAAUCGGUUGGAUGUGGAGUGAAAUGUUUGACAUGUACCCCUAAUUCAAAGGGAACACAUUGUAUAACUCCGUUAGGUUUUAGGGCCUUUUCUGGCAGUACGCGUACAGCGCAACAGCUGUGUAAAUUGCUGGAUGAACUAUUCGGCAAAUAUGGCGUACUUAAAAAUCUUGUACCAAUGCUCACGUGCCUCGUUGCGCGUCCACCUCAGACAUUCCCUGACAUAUUUUCGUUCUAUUACAAACUCAUUCGGAUGUGGGUUCAAAUGACGCAACAUCGCAACACGUCAUAUUCUAUUCAGAAUGACGUUUGCAAUGCCAUCGAAAAAACCAUAUCCUGUAAAUACGAAGAUGCGCGCGAUUUCAUGAACGGAUGCCUGUGGUUAUACGAACAUCCAUCUCACUUUGAUGACCAUGCAAGUCACGCUUCCGAUCUCAGCCAUCUAGUUGGUUGUAGUCAACCGAAUUGCGGCGGUUUCGUAAAACCUCUUAGCUUUCUUCCGUACUCGCUCUUUGCGCCAGCACAUGCGAACAAAUAUUUCUCUUGGCUGUUCUACAGUGCUGAAUCACUUGUGAAGUAUAUUGAGAAUUUCAAGAAUGCAUUCUGUGACAUCUCUUGUUCCGACUCCGGUUGCGGAGAAUGCCUUAAUGAAGCAGACUGUCAGCAAGGUAGACACGGCAGCAAACCAUGCGGGUGCGAGUCUAUCCUACAGUGUCGCGGUGUAUUGUGCGUAAUGUAUCAAUACGGUCUAACGUACGCAGACGAGGCAUACAAGUCCAGGAAAAAAUGCUUCUACCUCAGACAAGCACUUGAAAACAUAUUGACAUCAGAGGCCCUGAAGCAAUUCCUAACUGCCAUCGACAAACUCAUGUUCUGCGUCAGGAAGAAUUUCAUAUGGACAUUACUAGCCCUCUGGUCGCUGUCGCUCCUGUACCUGCUGCACAUCGCCGUCGUCCGCCUCGACGUCCUGAGGAUACGCUCCCACCUGCGCUCGCCAUCAAGCCACAGGAUCGCCGCGCAGUCGCUGCUCGCCGCCGCACGCGUCAAGGCACUCGCCAACGUUAAGCAUGGGAAUGGUGGUGAAGGUCUUAAGAACUUGGCUGAAGCUUUGAAAAAGUUGAUUGAGGAGGCUAUCAAAAAUGCAACUGAGAGUCUCGAAAAGAGGCGUAAGGAACUUGAAUGCGCUGAUAAAGGCUCUAGUAAUCUGUAUGACAAGCAUUGUAAUGACCUGAAGGAGAAAAUUAAGAAAGCUAAAGGUGAUGAAAAAUCCAAGUUACAAUCCCAGUAUAAUGGUCAUUAUUCCGAAGUACAUUCCUCUGAGUCUAAACGGGAAGGAGCUAAGAAGGAUCUUAAUGAGAGGAAGAAGUCUCUUGAUAAGCUUAAAGAAGAUCUUGAGAAAUUUAUUGGCACAAAAGAUGGUGAGAAUCCUGCAACAAAACUUUUAGAAAAUCUCACUGAAGGCUUAGAAAAGUUUUUAGGUUUCAAUUCAGAAUCCAAAGGCUACUCGGGUGAGGGCAUCGUGUACUCCGACCUUGACAGGCUGUGUGACGGGGUGAUGUCUUUUCUCCUCCAAUGUCUUAGAGGCAGUGAACCUUUGUUAAAGCAUUAUUAUGAUGGUAUUGAUACUACUAUUAGUAAAUUGCGUGAUGCAAUUGGUAAGGGCUCUGGUGUUCCAGGAUUUGCGCAGGCCAUUGGGAUUGUGCAGCGUGGGCUGCAGGGGUAUGAGAGUGUUUUUUCUACAAGAACGGAAGAUGUCAAGACACAAUUAUCUUCACUUAGCGACACUAUUAGCAGACUAAAUAAUGAAUUUAAUAAUAUGCAUAAUAGUAAAUUAGUUAGCCAGUUAGAUAAGAUUAAGCCGCAGGCGCAAUACUAUUUGCUGAAGGCCGAAGCAGCCGAUGAGGCCAGGGAGAAAUUGGAUACUACGCUUAAAGGUAAGUUAGAUAAACAUGUUUCAUUGGUUGUGCAGGCUGUGAAGAGUUUUAAGGAUGUUGCCGAGAAUCCAAAUGUUAGGAGCCAGGCGCAAGUGGUGGACGAGGGGUUGAAGGAGAAACAGAGAAGUAUUUUACAGUCGAUUGAUAAUCAAUCGAGAAAUCUUCAGAAUACUCUGAAUAGUGGAUUUAUGGGUAUCAAAAAGAAUGUUCAAACGUUAUAUAGUAAGAAAGAGCAACAGUUCAAGUUGCUAAGGAACGCUGUUAAAGCUGCUAAGGAUGAUGUUGACAGAUUGCUUGGUAAAGAUGGGAACGAUUUUGACGAUAAUUAUAAGCACAUUAUUGCUGGUCAUUUCGAUAGUAUACGCGAAUCAGUGGAAAAUCUUUAUUCACAGUUAGAUUUAAACAAAAGGGUCCUUGACGGAUUGGUUCAGAAGGCGAAGGUGCAGUUUAGGGAGAUUCAAACAGACGUUGGGAAGAAAAAUGCAGGACUACAAGCUACUAUAUAUCAAGAAUGGGAUGCGCUGAAAGAGAAGAUGAAGGGGUUUGUUGAUGGUUUGACCCGUAAAAAUGGUGGGAAUUCAAGUCUACAGGAUGUCGUAGACGGCAUACUGAAGUACGCCAAGGGGUUUGGUGAGGAGGCUUUUGAGAAGGAUGUUUUGAGUACUUGGGUGAGAGAGAUUGGAGAAGAAGAAGGUGGCGCUGUGUAUAACAAUAUUUAUCAGUACGUCAGACAGAAUUAUAACAAGGGUAAGCUGGAUGCUAUUAAAGGUGGAAAUACACCUAAGGCUAAGGCGGUGCAAGAGGCCAUUACAUCCACGCUUCCAGAUUUAAUUGCGAGCGAAAUUCAAAUUGUUGCAGAUAAGUACCUGAAAGGUGCAAAAAUAGAAACCAUUGCUGAAAAGUUCAAGAGAUUUGCGGACAACGUAGGAAGUGAAAUUUUUAGCGAUGGUUCAUCACUUGGAGUUGCAGUACAGGUGAUUGGGCUCCACUUGGGUAUGUCACAACACGCUUUAAUGCCACUCUCCGAUGAUAAACAUCUCACAGCCGCUGUGAAAGGCAUUGCUAUGUCCAUAGUAAAUAACAUUAGUCGUCUUUCCACGGAACUAAAGUCCUUCAUUGAGAAAUCAAAAAUCAAAACCAACCUGCAGACGGCCAUCGAUAAUGUCAAGGAUAUCGGCAAUCAAUUUACUGAUGGAGAUAACGGCGAUGACUCGAAUACCGAUCACGGCGCAAAGAUCGACGCAGCGUUGCAGAAGGUGAGUGCAGCAAUUACGCAGCUUGAGGGGUUGCUAGGUAAAAUGGCAGACGAUGGGGGUGCAAUUCAAGAGAAGAUUAAAGAAAUCGAGACGAAUCUCGGUGAGCUCAAUAACAUUUGGAAAGAUGAGCAAGACGGCCGAAUUAAGAAGAAGCAAAAAGAUGCCGAAGACCUUAUGUUGGAGUUACAAGACGAGAUUAAAAAACUUCAGAGCGAAAUUGGAGCCAUUGGAGAGUCAGUCGAAACAGCAGACGAAGAACUAAAUAGGGCUAUCAUAUCGCUGGAAGAUGCUUUGGAAAAGGCCAGGCAAAGUGCAAGCCAAUCCCUCUCCCUGCUUAGAACGACACUCCUCGCCAAAGUCUCCUCCGCCUUCGCCACCCUCACCUCCCAAGUCCAAUCCCUCUUCGCGCGGCAGAAGCAGGCCGAGCUCACGCAGCUGCAGGGCGUCGUCACGGCGCAGUUGAGGGAGAUUAAGAAAAUAAUUCACGAUGAUUCCAUAAAUGGCGUCAAAGGGUUUUUAGCACGAUUAAAUGAAGGAUUUGAUGAGACAUUACAGAUUACAACGCUUAACAGUAACACCAAAUUAGACGGAUUGGCGAGCAAUGUCAGAUUAUUCCUCUAUCCGUUGUUGCAAUACGUCAUUGCGCAAAUUACUCCUAACGUGCGGCCUCAACCUCCAACUGCAGAUCCUCAUGCCACCAAGGUGACGGACAUUCAGACCAAGCUUAAUACCUUGCUCAGUAAUCUUAGCAGUGAACAGUCAACUAAAAAAUAUCGUUUCGACGACCAAUUUAGUAGAGACUUAGAUGCGCUGAAAGCCUCUGUAGGCGCCUUAAACGCGGAUAAAUUCGGCGAUGGUAAGCAUCCCGAGUUGCUUAACAUAGUCAAGGAGGGAGUGACAUCCUUUGACACCCAAUUGGAGUACGCCUACGUUAACAAAUACUCUGGUCUAUCAUUCAGCGGCGAUAUGCUUAUUGAUAUUAUCACGUCUGAGGCAAAAACAACGGAGUUAACAGAUGAAGGUAGAAACGCCGCUAAGGCCUUUUUCACCCUCCUAAACGUCCUCUACGAAGACAUGGCCACGCUGAAGGAGAGGUGCGAGGACGCGACGAAAUACGGCUGGAAGGACAAGAAAAUAUGCAAGACGCAGAAGGGCACAGGAAAUUCACUCGGCGCUUUCUUCGAGAGGUGCGGCUACAGGAUCCCCAGUGAGGACAACGGCAAGCAGGACGCCGAGCUGCAGUGCAAGGAAAGUAUUAGUAGCACUUUUAUUGUUACCACGCUCGCCGGAUACCAAGUGUCAAGGUCAAUUAAACGUCCGCUUAUGGAAACUCUUCACAGUCUCUUCGAUUAUGCAGAGAAGUACAACGAAGUCUGCCACUACUCUACUUUAUCCGCAACAAAAUUACCGUGUAGCAUAUUUGAAAUUCUAGUUUGGAUGUCAGGGCUCCCGCAUCAUCCCGUAUUUACAGAUAUGCGUGACGUGGCCGUGACAGACUUAUUCGAGGACCCAAAGAAGAAGACGAAAGAAGUAAUUGACGGUGUUGAAAUGGAAGUAACAGACAUGAGCACCGUGGCCAUAAGGGCCCUCCCACAUGACAUAACAUAUAACCAUACGCAAGCAGCAGUGACGCAUAUGUGCUCACAGGCGUACGAUCUUCUCGUUUGCAUCCUCGGCACCGGGGACGCCGAGACCAUUUACGGUGUUGACUUCUGCACCAACUCACUUAAGUUGAAAUACCCUAAUAGAGGCGCCGAUUGCCUUCAGAUGUUCCUUGAAAUUCUCCGUAGACUGUUGCCAACGCUGAGAUAUCUGGAACACAUGUGCAGCUAUCCCGCUAGCAUUGGCGGUUGGUCACAGUGCCGUUACGGCAAAGAUGUGAAGCCAGCCAAGUGGCCGUGUGACAAGCAUCCUAAGCCCGAACCAAGAGGCCAACCAAAGGGCCAGGCAACUGACCAACCAAAUAGUGAACCAAUGUGCCAACCAAAAUCCCCUCUACAAAGCUACUUAAACGAUUGCCUACCCGGCCAUUUGCCUCACCGACUGGAGUCAGUCGGCUGUAAAGCCGAAUGCAAAACGUGUCCCACAUCUCAACGUGGUUCACCUUGUGUAACACCUCUCGGAUUUAAGACUUUCUCUGGCAGCAUGAGAAGAGGUAGGGACAUAUGUGACGUCCUUGCCAAAUUGCUUGAUGAUGUUCAUCUUAGAUCUCUCCUCUGCCUUGUCACCAAGCCGCCAGCCUCCUUGCCUGAACACUUCCAGUUCACAUUGGCGCUUGUUAAUGGAUGGCAUAAUGACUCAAAAUAUGUUAAGGAUGUUAUACAAACAAAUAUCGAAAACUCCGCCAAGGAGGUAUCUAUCCAUCUAUAUAACGAAACAUCGAAACUCACAGAUGCAUUGCGUAAUGCGUACCGUAAUAAGCAUACUACAUAUGGCGAGAAAAAUCAUCUUCCUGCAUACGCAGACGUUUCUAGUUUAGCAAUGCCGUCAGCAUGUAUUGAUCGUAACCAAGAAGUAUACUGUGCUCCGUAUCUGUCAUCGCUCUAUAGGGACUAUUACAUUUGUAUGCCAUUUAAGAAUUCUAACACCUAUCUCUCCUGGGCCAUAUACCUUCCAUGGACAUUUUGGGAUCUACUAAACAAUCUCUACAAUGCGUUCUGUGGUAUAAACUGUCAAGAUUGGGGCUGCCGUGGAUGUCUCAGAGGAGACAAGUGCAGGAGUGGCAAGCAUGGCCUCACCGAUGAAAAAUCAGCAUGUAAUUGCUCAUCCGUAGUCGAAUGUAAAGGUGUCGCGCCAACGCUGUACAGCUAUGGAUUCACAUUUGGGCACGCCUCCAAAUUGAAUGCUGCUGUCUCAGUUACUGAAAUCUAA